AAGGGAAAAAAAAUGUCUGCAUGCAAUAACCUCCUUGAACUACAAGAGAAGAUUUGUUAUGUGCAAUGUGGGUUCUGCAACACCAUUCUACUGGUAAGUGUACCAUGUAGUAGCUUGUCGAAGGUAGUCACUGUCAGAUGUGGUCAUUGCACAUGCCUUCUCUCAGUUAACAUGAUGAGAGCUUCGUUUGUUCCUCUGCAGUUUCUUACUUCCAUUGACGACGAGCAAAAACAAGAGGUUCGUCAUGAAGAUAUGGAGCUUCAAAAAGCUCCGGAAAAACAAAGUCCACCCCUGCUGGUUUUAUGCGAAAAUGAUGAGGAAGAGGAAAAUCUCCCAACCCCAAUCAUUAACAAACCCCCGGAGAAGAGGCAGCGAGCUCCUUCGGCUUAUAACCGUUUCAUCAAAGAAGAGAUACAAAGGCUCAAAGUAGUAGAACCCAAUAUGACUCACAAAGAAGCCUUCAGUACUGCUGCUAAAAAUUGGGCUCAUUUUCCUCGACUUCAACAUAGAGAAAAUGGAGAGAGUUGCAGUGCCUUUGGAAGAGAAAAUGUCACAACAAACUCUGAUGUUUAUGAGGUUGAUGCACUUCAUGCACAAGAUAAGGGUUUUCAUGGAAGGACCACCAUUCCUUGGAGUCAGUCUGCGUGGACAGAGAACCACUUUGGGUACAGUAACCAGUCCUGAAAGAAACUUCUUUGAAGUUAUGAUGGCUAUAGCUAGUAUCUCAUCUGUAACGUGUCCUCCUGCCUUUGUCAAGUAGAUGCUGAAUAAAUUGUUAUUUAGAAAACAUUAACUGAGUAAUUGGUUUCUAGGAUCUGUGAUCUGUGCUUUUUCAAUUCUUCGAAAUAAUUUAUUUGAACUUCGACAUUAAUUUUAGUUGAAAAUUUAAGAU